CUACAAAUUUCUGGUGCUGCGGCUUAUGGUAAAAUUUCAUUGAAAGUGUUUCUGAUGUGCAUGAAAUUUAUGCGAAAGGCAGAGAACCAUAUUUUCUGCUAAAUAUUAAAUUGGCCGUUGGAUGAGUGGUCAUAUCCUCCGUUGCAAAUUUGUUUAUGUAACAGUUACAAUCAAAUUCUAAGUUCUACUAACACUGUUAAUUUCGUUUUUUAUGUAUUCAUGAUCGUGCUGGCCGAAAAUUUGUUAUACAAUAAUACGUAAGCGCCCGAGCUCUAACACUAGUUCACGGCCAACAAGGAUGUGACCGGUGAACUGUCUAGUACAACUGUACACGAAAGUAGCCAUAGUCAUGUUGAUACCAGUGGCUAUCACACAGCAAGGACUGUGACUUGAAUUGUACACGACAAAGACUUAAGUGAAUAAAAACCGUCUAGUCUACGGAAAGCAGCACUGCCAUGGCCAGUUGGACCCCAGUCCACGAGUAUGACCCGGUGCUCCACCAGGCAGCUUUUAUAGGAGACCUCGACAAACUGAAGUCACUGCUGGUGGAGGAAGAACAGAGGGGUCUGAUUAAUGUGAAAAACCGCCUGGGCUGCACUCCAAUUAGACUGUCAGCCACAGCUGGCCAUAAGAACUGUGUAGACUACCUCAUAAACCAGGGUGCAGAUAUUGAGGUAACAGACAUCAAGGGCCAGACUCCUCUCCAUGUGGCUGUGAAGAAUCACCACACAGGAUGUAUCCAGAGUCUGUUACAGGCUGGAGCCAGCCCUGAAGGAGAUGGAAAGAACAUUUCUACUCCACUGUACAUGGCUGCCAUGGAUGGAUAUACAGAUGCUAUUAAGUUGCUGAUCUCCCAUGGUGCAAAUGUGAACAGUCGUAUAGUAAUGCGUCCCCUGGCUAGCACGGCUCUGUACAUCAGCCUGGUCUACAACCACUUUGACUGCUUUAAGAUGCUCCUGCAGGCUGGGGCAGACCCAGACUUGUGUUGUAAAGGGAAGCAACAGGAGGAAUACUCCAAUCAGUCCCUGUAUCACACAGCUGUAAGACAGAACUGUGACGAGAAAUAUUUGUUGAUGUUGUAUGAGUUUGGUGCCAGUUUGUAUACCAAAGAUCACAAAGGUCAGCUUGCUGUGGACUUAGAGGUCCAUCCAAACUGCUCUGCUAGCAGGGACCUGGUGCGGGCAUUAAUGAAAACUCCCAGAAGUCUUAAAUCUCACUGCAGACUUGUUAUCAGACGUGUGAUUGGUGGAAAGGGACACAGCCUAUGGAACCAAUUGCAGCAACUCUCUCUUCCCAAUAAGAUCCUCAUGUAUCUGAAUUAUGACGACAUUUCUUGACAAAAGAAAAGUGUUCAAACCAUUGCAAUAAAAUUUGGAAGCAGACAAAGCACUUUGUCUGGAAAUUCUUCAGGUUCACAAAAAAAAAAGUUCUCAGGCUGGGAUGGAACAAACGGGCAGGAAAACCCUCAAAUCCCACUAGCUUAAUCAUUUUUCAUCAAAUCAUUGGCUGGAGGCUUUGACACUUUACCGGUGGUACGACUAAAGAUUCUCCUCUCCAUAUUACUCUUUUACAUAUAUGCUCAUUGGGAUGUUUUGAACAGAUUUUAUUUAUAUUGCUUUUUAUCUUUUGAUGAAAACAAGCAAAUUGGUUUGUAUUUUAAUUUGUC